AACUCCGAUUAAUUCUCACCAGACUACAUUUACAGAAGAAUUCCAGGCAAAAAGACAUCACAGGUUGUUUGCAAUGUCUAGGAGCACGUUUCUUCUCUUCUUCCUCAGUAUUCUAUGUCUCUCAUGCUUCACCAUAUCAACUCCACCACCAAUCACUUCAUACCCUCAAACCCAGUUCGCCUGUAAGCCACCAUAUAGUUCCUACCAAUUCUGCAACACCUCUCUUUCAGUGGCAGUCAGAGCCAAAUCUCUUAUCUCCCUCCUUACCCUUCCUGAGAAGGUAGGACUACUCGAGAACGCCGCUGCCAGCGUACCAAGACUCGGCAUGCCAGCCUAUGAGUGGUGGUCAGAGUCUCUGCAUGGACUUGGCGGCAAUGGCCCCGGAGUAAAGUUCAAUGGCAUAAUUCCAGCAGCCACCAGCUUCCCUCAAGUCAUUGUCACUGGGGCUUCUUUCAACAGGAGUCUCUGGUACAAGAUCGCAUCGGCCAUUGCGGUUGAGGCCAGAGCAUUUUUCAAUGUUGGGCAGGCUGGUUUGACAUUUUGGGCGCCCAAUAUUAACAUAUUCAGAGACCCUAGAUGGGGGAGAGGUCAAGAGACAACAGGAGAAGAUCCGUUAGUUGCAGCAGCUUAUGCCAUCGAGUUUGUGAAGGGAUUUCAGUGGGAGGAUCGAGGGCAUGCCAGUAGAAAUGAAGAAGAGAUUGGCGAGAGGCGAGAGCUACAGCAGGCAGAUAACAGUGGUGAGAGUGGCGAGCUGAUGGCGUCUGCAUGUUGCAAGCACUACACAGCUUACGAUUUGGAGAAAUGGGGGAUUUACGACAGAUACAACUUUGAUGCCACGGUGAGCAAGCAAGACAUGGAGGACACGUAUCAACCACCUUUCAAGAGUUGCGUCGAGAAAGGAAGAGCAAGUUGUUUGAUGUGCUCAUAUAAUUCCGUCAAUGGUGUACCAGCCUGUGCGCACGAAGAUCUCUUUCGAAAAGCUCGAGAAGAAUGGGGGUUUAACGGGUAUAUUACCUCUGAUUGUGGAGCUGUCUCCUUCAUGUACGAAUAUCAUAAUUACACCAAGACUCCGGAAGAUGCAGUAGCAGUCGCUUUUAAAGCAGGAAUGGAUAUUGAGUGUGGAGAAUACACGGCUACGUAUGGUCUGCAUGCAGUAGAGCAGGGGAAGUUGAAAGAAGAACACAUAAACAGAGCUCUUUUCAAUUUGUUCUCCGUUCAAAUUCGUCUGGGACUUUUUGAUGGAAACCCUAAAAAUAUAAAUCACGGAAGCUUAGGACCAUCAGAUGUUUGCACCACAGAGCACAAGGAACUGGCACUGGAAGCAGCAAGGCAGGGCACCGUUCUUCUAAAGAAUGACAAUAAGUUCCUGCCCUUGAAUAGGAAUAAGGUCCCAUCCUUGGCCAUUAUUGGUCCAAUGGCAAAGAAUUACGCAAUGGGUGGUGACUAUACAGGAAAACCUUGCAACCUAAAGACUGUUUUUGAUGGAUUUAAGUCAUAUGCAAAGACAACAUCAUAUGCGAUCGGUUGCCUAGACGGUGUACCUUGCAAAACAAGAGCAGGAUUUGCUGAGGCAAUUACUCUUGCAAAAGAAGCCGAUAUUGUCAUUGUAGUUGCUGGACUCGACACAUCUCAAGAAACUGAAGAACUCGACCGCUAUAGUCUCCUGAUGCCAGGUUACCAAAAGGAUCUUAUUACAGCAAUUGCGUCUGUGAGCAAAAGACCUUUGGUUUUAGUUCUUGCUGGUGGUGGACCAGUAGAUGUGUCAUUUGCUGAGAAAGACUCACGAAUUGCUAGUAUUUUGUGGAUUGGCUAUACUGGAGAAGUUGGGGGAAAGGCAGUUGCAGAGAUCAUCUUCGGAGAUUAUAAUCCAGGUGGAAGACUACCCAUCACUUGGUAUCCAGAAUCGUUCACUAAAAUACCAAUGACUGACAUGAAUAUGCGACCUGAUCCCUCUAGAGGUUAUCCUGGGAGGACUUAUCGAUUUUAUACUGGAGAGAAGAUAUAUGAAUUUGGACAUGGUUUAAGUUAUACAAACUUCACGUACAAGCUAUUGUCUGCUCCAAACAAAUUGGGCAUGUUGAGAUUUACCAAGGCUACAACAAGAAAGAUUAAGGCACUUCAAACAAAUGGCGAGCUUGGUUACAUUUACGUUGAUGAAUUGGAAUAUUGUGAUUCCUUGAUUUUUAAACUACAGGUUUCUGUGAUGAAUAGUGGCAAUAUGGAUGGAAGUCAUGUUAUGAUGUUGUUUUCUAGAGGGCCAAAAUCUUUGGAAAUGGAUGGUGCUCCAGAAAAACAGCUAAUUUGGUUUGAUCGUAUCCACACAAUAUCCCGUAGGUCCACUGAAAUAAGCAUCACCAUAAAUCCUUGCGAACAUCUAAGCUUCGCUGAUGUGCAUGGAAGAAGGAUAUUACCCCUUGGAAAUUACACUCUAAUGCUCUGGAAUCUAGAGCAUACUAUUUCAAUUAAUAUAUAAUUAUAACAUAGCUUGUUCUGGAUUAAGAAGACCACCUUUAAGCGGGCAUUGGGGAGGGUUAGUUUGCUUCAUGUGGUCCACACUGAUAGUAGGCUGUUCAAAUAUCUUUUAUUUGAUGGAAUAUAAUGUUCAUGAUGUACAUCUCUGAUUUGUUGGAUUGGAAAAGGUGUAGUUGGUAUUCUUUUAUACCCUACCAAUAUGGAGUGUGGGGAUGAAUUGGCAAAUUAUUGCCUUGUAAUAGAUAUUGAAGUAAUUUGUUGUAAACAAAUAAAAUGAUUGUUUUU